AUGGCGUACUCACUGGUUACCUCCUUCAUUGGAGAGUCUCUUCUCUCUGGCUUCGAGUGGUUCAACGGAACUGAUCUUUCCAAUGGAUUCGUACAAUAUCAGGACCUUCCGGGUGCCUUCAAAAAUGGACUAUACUCUGUUGAUCCCUUCAGUGAAACUGUGCAGCUGAGACCCGAUUCUCGUCGCAAGUAUGGGUUGGAUGAAGGACGGCCAAGCAUUCGGCUUGAGAGUAAAGAAUCCUACCAGUAUGGCUUGUUCAUUGCAGAUUUCCAACACAUGCCCAUUUCACAAUGCGGUACCUGGCCAGCCUUCUGGGCCUACGGACAGAGUAAUUGGCCCUUAGAUGGGGAAAUUGACAUUCUUGAGGGUGCCAACCUUGCCUAUACUAACAUCAUGUCUGCGCAUACAGCUGAGGGCUGCAUCCUUGAUCCCGCGGACUCGAACCUUUUCUCCGGCAUACGUCGCAACUUGGAUUGUGGUGUUGGUUCGGAUAACGUUGGAUGUGGUUUUAACCCUCCUGAAAGUGACACUUCCUCCUACGGCGAUGGCUUCAACGCCGUUGGCGGCGGCGUAUAUGCUAUGGAAUGGGACUCAGAAUACAUAUCGAUCUGGCAUUUUCCACGUGGAGCAAUCCCGGCUGAUAUCGAGGCCAAGCGACCCGACCCUGGGAAAUGGGGGCUGCCACAGAGUCUGUUUGGCGGCGCCAAGUGCAAUGUCGAUGAAUAUUUCCGCGACAUGAAGCUUGUUCUGAACAUUAACUUUUGUGGCGACUACGGUGAAGGCACAUGGGCGAGCUCCAAUGUCUGCAAAGCUCUUGCGCCGACUUGUAAGGAGUAUGUUGCGAACAACCCUACUGCAUUCAGGGAGGCGUACUUCGAUGUUAGCUACAUUGACGUCUAUACACGCCUUGGAGGAGACAUUCCUCCAGCCCUUCCAUCGUCUGCAGGCGAGGCAUCUACACAAGCCUCGGAUGUUAUUGCCCCUGGAGCGUCUGCCACCAAUACCCCAAUGUCAGAAAAACCCGUGUUCCCAAGUACAACUUUCCCCGGCAAUAACACCAUCACCACCCGUACCGAUCGCAAGGAGAAGGCUACGCAGUCAGAGGAACCAACGACCACCACCACAUUGACAUUGACAGGCAUCUCGUCAGUCAUGGUUACUAUUCCCGGCUCUGGUACCACUCCAACUGUUACGCCUCUUCCCGUCGCUACUGGUGGUAAAUCGGUCAAUCCUUCGAAGAUUGGCGAUUAUUCGUACCUUGGCUGCUUCGGCUCACAGACCGGUUUCCAGACUUUUGAAUUGGCUAACGAUAGUGAUGAUAUGACUAUUGAGAGAUGUGUUAAUGCGUGCAAUGGACUAACAUACAUUGGUCUAUUUGAGGGAACCUGUUAUUGCGCAUCUGUCCUUGAUGGCGACACCCUUGCUGUCCGCAACGAGACUUCAUGUAAUCGCCCUUGCCCUGGAAACGAUGACCAGUUCUGUGGUGGAAUGGCCGCUCAGAACACUAGAGCCAAGCUCAGACGAACCACUCCUCUGCGCCGCGACGCACCUAGCAACAUUCUCCUAACAGUCUAUGCCGAUAUCUCCGACGUUGAACAACCCAAAGUUCCUCCUGCUAUGGGACCUGGUACCAAUGGUACUUCCAUCGAUAGCGGCAACAGCCAAGGAGAUUCUGACGCUGAUGGAUCAGAGGACCCGGCCGCCUUGGAUGACAGCACUAGUCAAGCAGACUCAGAGACUGAUUCCACUACCUCGAAUGGCGAUGGUACUCAAGAAGGCUCAACUAAUGAACCAGGGGAUUCCACUGCCUUGAGUGACAACACUAGUCAAGGAGGCUCAGAGUCUGAUGACUCAGAUAUCCUUGCUGUCUCAAACGACAACAUUGACGCAUCUUUUGUUGGAUCGACCUCGCCCGAAGGAUCAAGCACCCAUGGGAACUCAGAUGAUGAGGAUCGCACUGGCGACCAAGAUGAUACGGACAGCGAUCGCGACUCUAUCCUGUCCAAUUCCGAUGGUGUAGUCGUAUCUGGCGAUCAGGAUGAUGUACCAGUUGUGGCUCUUGGCACCGCAUCUGACGGUUUGGUUCUUGGGGCCGUCCAGUCUGCCACUGAUUUCAACCAAGAGCCAGUCUUAAGCACGAUAACGUACUUUACCGUCAUGCCUUCCGACCGCGGUUCACUGGUUACUCGGAAGAGUGUUAUCGCCAUGUCGUACGAAAAGUGCGAUUACUGCGAGACCCCUGAACUGAUCAAGCCACCGAUGGAGACGAAGGUCGUCGAGUGUGAUGGCUGUGGCCCUAAUGGCGAGGACACCGUUACGUUGACCAUUCCCAUCUCUGUUACUGUCACUAUUCCUAGUCCAAACACAGAACAAGCACAGCAGACUGAGAACGCUGCUGCUGAGACCGUCACAUCGUACAGAGGCAGUCCAGAACAGCCGCUGCGUAACUCCACUAUACCCCCCGUGGUGCCGAACGGAAUGGGCGGCGGCGCAGAAGGUGAAGAGUCUCCCGAGAUUACAACUAUUGUGAUAACAUACUUGACAACUCAGCUCAUCACAUAUGGCACCUCCACAGACUCGGUCUCUACUGUGACGAGGACGGCUCGACGAACAGUUGUUGUCACUGUUUCUGACUCUGACGGACAAAUGAGUAUCCUGCCUGUUCCGUCCCCUGGACACCCAAACACACCAGUCACCCUUGCUACACCAACACCUGGCGCACCUAGUGAGCCAGUUGCUGUUUCUGCGGCAUCAUCUAGAAGAGAUGACGUGUUUGUGUACUUUGCCAUCGUGGCGAUGGCGAUUCUGGCCUUGACACUGUAA